AUGGCAUCCAAACGCCCCAAUUUCCUCGUCAUUGUUGCCGACGAUCUCGGCUUUUCCGACGUGGGCUGUUUCGGUGGUGAAAUUCGCACCCCAAACAUUGACCAGAUUGCCAAGGAGGGUCUGAGAUUCACAGACUUCCACGCCGCAGCAGCAUGCUCUCCCACGCGCGCCAUGAUUAUGACCGGCACAGACCAUCACAUCGCCGGCCUAGGAAAUCUGAUCGAAUGGACCAACAUCUCUGGUCAAAACGGCCCCAAAGGAUCCGCCAUGAGCACCGCCCCUCAACGCGGUAUGCCGGGGUACGAAGGCUUCCUCAAUGAGAGAGUCGUCGCACUGCCAGAGGUUCUCCGUGAUGGCGGCUACCACACAAUCAUGUCCGGAAAAUGGCACCUGGGUCUGACACCGGAGCGAUCGCCACACAAGCGUGGUUUCGUGCGCUCCUUCGCUCACCUCCCGGCCUGCUCGAACCACUACGCGUACGAGCCUGAGCUAAAAGACAAAGACCAGAUUCCUACGUUCAUCGAGGCGAGUUAUAUUGCCCUGCACAUGGAGGAUGGCGAGUACGUGCGCCAACUUCCGGAAGGCUGGUACUCGUCCGAUGGGUACGGCGAUAAGAUGGUCAAUUACAUCAAGGAGUGGAAAGAGAGUGGCGGAUACGCCGGCCCAGACGGAAACGGUGACCGCCCGUUCUUCGGAUACCUUCCCUUCACGGCGCCGCACUGGCCCCUACAGGCGCCCCGCGAGUACAUCGACCACUAUCGCGGUGUGUACGACGAGGGGCCCGAUGUCCUCCGUCAAAAGCGUCUGCAGCGACUCAAGGAGCUGGGCAUGGUGCGCGACGAUGUAGAGGCGCAUCCUGUGCAAGCCGAGGAAGUCAAGCCGUGGGAAGAGUUCAGCGACGAUGAGAAGAAGAAAUCUUGUGUCGCAAUGGAGGUCUUUGCCGGUAUGGUCGAGUGUAUUGACUCAAACGUCGGCAAGGUCGUUGAGUAUCUGCGGUCGAUCGACGAGCUGGACAAUACCUUCGUCUGCUUCAUGUCCGAUAAUGGUGCUGAGGGCGCCGCCUACGAGGCCUACCCGAUGGUACAGAACGGCGUCAUGCCCCAUCUCCAGAAAUACUACGACAACAGCCUCGAAAACCUCGGUAACGGCAACUCAUUCAUCUGGUACGGUCCGCGCUGGGCGCAGGCUGCCACCGCCCCCUCCCGUUUAUACAAAGCGUAUACCACCGAGGGCGGCGUCCGUGUUCCCUUCACCUGUCGAUUCCCGAAAACCCUGAAUGUCAACCCAGCGAACGUGAUGAACGGCAUCACCGACCAAUUCGCAACCGUCAUGGAUCUGGCACCCUCUAUCCUGGACAUGGCAGGACUCACGCAUCCUGCACCAACCUACCAGGGCCGCGAAGUGGUCUCGAUGCGAGGUCGCAGUUUCCACCCGUGGGCCGUUGGCGCCGCCGAUCGAAUCCACCCAGUGGAUUUCAUUCAGGGGUGGGAGACGUGCGGGCGGGCUGCGCUGCGCUGCGCGGACUGGAAAAUCGUCUUCAUCCCCAAGCCCAAGGGCCCCGAGAAGUGGCAGCUGUACAAUCUUGUCCAGGAUCCCGGCGAGAUCCACGAUCUGUCGGAUUCCGAGCCUGAGAAGCUUAAACAGCUGCUGAAGCUUUGGGAUCAGUAUGUUCUUGAGACGGGUGUUAUCCCGCUUUGUCCUGAUCUAGGAGAGUUUUUGGAGGCGACUGAGGCGCAGAUGCCGGAGAACGCUUGGAUGGAGUUCGAUUAUUGGAAGGAGGGAGCUAGGGAUAUGCCGGAGAAGUUCUCGCGCCAGCCGCCGAGGUUUCAGAGGACUGUGAGGCCAUUCUAG